UUGUCAAAAAAGCGAUCGAGGAAGAAGAGAGCGGCGGAGAAAAAAUGGCGUCGAACGCAGCAGCACCAUUCUGGAGGUCAGCUGGGAUGACUUACAUAACAUACUCAAACCUGUGCGCUAAUCUGGUUAGGAACUGCCUUAAGGAGCCUUACAAGUCCGAAUCCCUGACUCGUGAGAAGGUCCAUUACUCCGUCUCCAAAUGGGUCGACGGCAAACCUCAAAAACCCACCAUCCGCUCAGAUACUCCUGAAGAAUGAGAUCGAGGGUGGAUCUUGGGCUUUGUUUCUUAUAUUCUGUAAUUGUUUUGUACUGCCAUGGCCUUGACACCAUGUAGUGCUUGUCUCCUGGAGCUUUCAUUAACGUCUAAUAACAUACCGACUAGAAUUUGGUCCUAUGCUUGCUGGAUGAAAAUUGGCAAGUGAUUUCGUUGAUGAGCAAUAAUGUGUGGCUGCAUAAUAUGUUAAAAGCCUCUGUUAUCCUCAUGUGUAAUUCAAAAAUUUUAAGCCUAUGUUCUCGAGCAUGGCAAGUGAUGGUUCUUCCCUGUCGCUCACUGGAACUCGUAUUACAUUGCCUAGUUUAAUGCAAAAUGAAGCAUGGUUCAAAUAUUAGUUGUGAUCCUAGAGCCAAAACGGAUAAUAUAUGUGAAUUCUUCUUUGCUAUGCUGUUGAAAUUUGUGCUUCUGAAUUCAGGAGCUACGGGUUACCAAUUGUAAACGUCCAGUUAACUGUUUCUUAUUCUUCUUUGCUUAA